AUGUCUUCCAGAAUCCUCCUCGUCCUGCUCACCUCAGCGCGAUCGAAGUCGACCCUGAGACAUGAAACGCGUGAAGCAGGAAGGGUCGAAACAUCAACGGACACUUGGUCAUCGAGCGAAAAGGACAUUUCAGUGGACCAUAAACAAUUGAAUAAAGGUAACUGGAACACCUCACGACCCAUAGAGACUCUGUUCAUCCCCGAAGAACCAGCUCGAUACGCAGAGAUCCUCGAACAACUGCGUGAACUGCUCGAAUCGUCGGAAGUUCCAGAAACCGUCGAGCCUUGUGGAAACCAGCAAAAUCCUGUUGACGGUGGAACACGUUGGGAAUUCGAGGAGCAGAGAACGGAACACUCAGAAGGACCGCUAGGACAAGUCGCUGAAAAUACGAGUCGAGAGGAUCCAGCUACGGAUACAUCGUCGAUGGAGGAUCAAUUUUUUAACGUUCAGAACGGUAGGAAUUCGAGCCUCGAGGUGAACGAGGAGAAAUACCUGGCGCGAAAUCCAACGGUAGUGUCUUUGGCCGCGGAGAAUAAUGGAAACGACAAGGCGGUGUCCGUGGAAGGUAACAGCGAAGAUCAUCGAGUUCAGGAGAAGAACGAUCCCGACGAAGAGGACUACCUCGAGGCGGCGAACUUCGGACUGGAGGCCAUGAAGAAUCUGUACCUUGUUACCGAGCCCACGCUCUACUCGAUGGGCCUUUAUCUUGAUUCGGACAACCCAGCGAAGUAUCUGGCCACUUUCAACGACCAGACCGAAGAGGCGAGAAGACUCGCAAAGUAUGGUUUCGCUGUACUUCAAGGCACCACGAUGUUCAAGAAAAAAUUCCCAGACGCCACGACGGACUUGCUUCUCGCUCGACGAAGUCAAAGCAAUCCACUACAGCGACACUGUCCAAACAGGGGGGUUCCUCACUGUCCGCGGGCCAGUCUCAGGUACAGAACGUCCGACGGGAGCUGCAAUAAUCUUCGAAAUCUUUGGUGGGGCUCUGCCAUGUCCCCUAUGCAGAGAUUCCUGGCACCAGUUUACGACGACGGUGUGCAAAGCAUAAGAAGAUCGACAAGUGGAAGGCCUCUACCAAGCGCCAGGGAAGUAACCAACCUGAUCCAUGAGGACAGAGACGUACCCUUGGCCUCUGUUACUCAUAUGUUGAUGCAGUGGGGACAAUUUGUCGAUCAUGACUUAACAGCUACUGGUCAGAGCAGAGGCUUCAAUGGAACCAUACCACAAUGCUGUCUGAACUUCGGUACAGGUUUCCAACCACCAGAAUUUAUGGUGAUUAUCCAUCGACACCCGUUUAUCAUACUCAUUUAAACACGAUUAUCUAGACAAUAAAUGGAGUUUCUUCGAAGUGGUCCAGCUCCCAGGGAGGACUGUAAAUUCGGUCCCAGGGAGCAGUUGACGCAGGUGACUAGCUACCUGGACGCGUCCACGGUCUACAGCAGCAACGCCUUUCAAACUGACACUUUACGUUUGUUUCGGAACGGCCUCCUGCAGUACGGGAAGAUCCAGUCGCAGAGGCCGGUGCUACCAAAACAGGAUUCCGAUCUCUGCAGACGUGGAUCGUUGUCGACAAGCUGUUUCCGUGCCGGUGAUGGUCGCCUCGGCGAACAACCGGCCCUCACGUCUCUCCAUGUGAUCUUUCUACGGCUACACAAUAGAAUAGCGACGAAUCUGGCCGCGUUGAAUCCGCAUUGGAGCGACGAGAAGUUAUUCCAAGAAUCCCGGAGGAUCGUGGGCGCUGUUGUCCAGCACAUCACUUACAGGGAAUUUUUGCCGAUCGUUCUAGGACAAGACGUGACGAAGAUAUUCGAUCUAGAAGUUCUCAAGAAAGGCUAUUACAAUGGAUACAAUCCCACGAUGAAUCCUACCAUCGCAAAUGGAUUCUCCACCGCAGCUUAUCGUUUCGGUCACUCAUUAGUGCAACGGAGCUUUAUUCGUUUCGAUAGCGAUCAUCAGCCCAUCUUCAAUAACGUCACCAUUCACAAAGAGUUCAGCAAUCCAGCGAACCUAGAGACUGCAGGCUCGGUGGACCGUCUUCUCCUUGGCUUGAUUAAUCAACCCUCCCAGAGAAGAGACGAGCACAUCAGCGACGAACUGACCAACCAUCUGUUCCAGACUCCCGGAUUCCCAUUUGGUAUGGACCUAGCCUCCAUCAAUAUACAACGUGGCAGAGAUCACGGCAAGCGAGAACCGUGUGGUUUGUCGCGAAUAAAGAGUUUCGACGAUUUGGAGAGAGUGAUGCCUCCAGAUGUGGCCAGGAAAUUCAGGCUGAUAUACUCCUUCGUGGAGGACAUCGACCUCUUCACGGCUGGUCUUGCAGAAAAGUCAGUCAGCGGUGGUUUAGUAGGUCCAACCUUUGCUUGCAUUAUCGGUCAACAGUUCAGUCAUCUCCGUAGAGGCGACAGGUUCUGGUACGAGAACCCUGAACAGGAGAGUAGCUUCACUCCUGGCCAGCUUCAGCAGAUCAGACGCGUCAGCCUGGCCCAGGUGCUCUGUAAAACCGUGGACAACAUCGAGACUGUUCAACCGUUUGUUUUUCUGACUCAGGACACAUUAAGAAACCGACGAUUACCUUGCGAGGAUCCAGUAAUUGGUCAAUUAGAUCUUGAUUCCUGGAAAGACACACCUGAGUCACAGUUCAGAAGCAGGGCUGGAAUCCUGGAUGUUUUCAAGAAAAAGAAUCAAUCUCAGAGCACCACCGUUAAGCCUGUUACUAGCCAGCUGACAAAAGGUUUCCCGUGGAAAGAAAAGCCAACAUCGACGAGUAUCUAUCAACAGAACCGGGUCGUUGUCAGGAAACCUCUUGGUCCUCCUGAAAACGUGAGCAUAGUUGUACAAAAUAACGCUGUCAAUGCUCCCGUCUUCGUGAAGGACGGGAUUUAUGGGUCGAACAUAGGGGUAGAUCCUCCAACGCGACCAAGCAACACUCAGAGACCAUCUUUCGAUUUCGUUAACAACAGACCAAGUCAACAGGGACCUCUGCAAUCAAUUCCAAUUUAUGUACCCCCUAACCCAAUCCCUACGUCGCCUCCUCCUUUAUCCCAUGCGUUAGCCGGACGUCCGUAUAUUCCAUACGCUUUCGACGAUCCAAACAAUCCGAAUCCUUUGAGUCCCGGUUUCCAAUACUUUCACGGGUCCAACGACGUGGUCUUUGAAAGUUAUCCGGCCAGCAGUCCCCAGCCAACCUUGUACACUUACUACACGAACUUUCAGAGACCGACGACUCAGCGACCUUAUCAUGAAUAUGUAAACGAUAGACCGCAGUAUCACGAGCCGAACCCUCCGCUAAACUCCUGGCCGGGUCUCGAGAACCCAAAUGCCGGGCAGUUCCCGUCCAGACCUGUUCAGGAUACCCCAGGUAACCAGAAUACCGGAAAUGGUUACAAUCCCAAUUGGCAGCAAUUGCAACAACAACAACAACAACAACAACAACAACAACAACAAAUUCUGAUCAAUCAACUGACCGAUCCUGGACAUUGGAACUCGCAGGGCUAUCGAAACAGACCUAAUACUCCCCCUGUAGAUAAAGUAAGGGAUCCUAGUUGGAAUUACCAGAACGAUGGAUAUGUAUCGAGUCACAGUCACAGGCCGAUGAUAGAGAUCAAGCAACCCGAUAGGAAUCAGUACGUAACAUGGUCUAGCGUGUCGUCGUCGUCUUCUUAUCAGACUGCAGUCGAGAAAAAUCAUAAUCAAUAUCAUUCAAGCGGACCACCAAGCUGGUCGAUUAUUCCAACUUACCAGAAAUGGACCAGCAGCAGGCCAGACAGUUCGUACAAAACAGACGUGAAAAAUACUUCCGAGAGACCUUCGUUAAUUGAAGAAUCGAAGAGUACGGAUUAUCAGAGACCGAUCAGACCUCAAGAUAACACCUUCUCUCACAAUCAGUCGAAGCUUCCUACCAUACCUGCACAGAACAGUCCAGAUCGCGAUCAGUCGCAUUCGUUUACAGUCGGACCGUUUCCAGACCAGUUGGAUGAGUCGUCAUCGUAUCAGGGUCAGACAAGGCCGAAACCGUCGAAGGUUCACAGCGUUACGAUAGUGACAGAGACGACGGACACGUCGAUUGGGACCGGAUAUGGAACGGAGAAUCAAGUGACCAGUGAGGUACCGAGGCCACUGGUCGCUCAGAUAGAGGACAAUAGACCGAUCAGAAUCAGAAGACCAGGCCAGUAUUACUAUGAAAAGAACGUGUUACAUCGAUAUCCCGAUAAUAUAGAGAAUCAGGCAACAACGGACAGGUAUCAUUCAAUCGAAGAUGGCGUCUUACAAAGGCACAACACAGUGGACAGUGGGGGGUCAACCGACAAUCCGGUUAUCGACGUAUCCGAAGACGGUACUCGGAUUAUCGAUGAAAGGAAGAACGAUACGAGGAUUGAGGAAACAACGAAUGAGAGGAUAAAUGAGACCAGCGAAACGCUUGACGAUCACGCAGCCUCGGAACUCUCGGAAGAGAUUGAAGAAGUUGCGUCGACCGGCAAAAGAAGAAAACCAGUGAUUGUUAUUGUUACCAUUUCCAGAACGAGCUAUUUGCUCAAUCCGCAAGAGGACUCGAGUUUACCGUCAGCCCUAGACCCGCCAAAAAUCCCAUCGGAUCAACCCACUGCUACCAAGGAAUUGCCCAGGCCCCUUAAAUUCCGAAAUUACGGUUCCUAA